AUGGGUAGCUGGAAGUGGCCUGUGGUUUUCGUCUUGCUGGACAUAUCUUUACAGGUUGCAGCCCAAUCAGACAUCCAAGUAUCCAUAUUCUCUGCAACGUCAAAGACUGUAAUUCUCAGAUGGACCAGGUACUCUGGAGCUUCUUCAUACAAGCUCUCUGCUGCGCUCAAAAACUCCCCAAACAACCCUAUUAGUUUUGUCACGUUUGGUCCCAACACAGUGAUGGGCUCAAUCAGCUCACUGUCGCAAGAAGUUGAAUAUAUUUUAACAGUUGAAGCUCUGGAUGCGUAUCAAAUUGCACUAAGCUCUGCAUUGAUUGAGACAUCAACAGCCUUGGACAUGAUGGAGCCCAUCAGGAAUGUUAAGCCUAAGGACAGCAGGACCUUGAUGGCAGAAUUUAAUUUGAAAACCGGGGCAACUCACUACAUCAUACGAGUUGAGAACAGCGAUGGCUUCUUCAGGGAGGACACAGCGCUCUCCUCACCUGCUGAGAUCGAGGAUCUCAGCCCGUACACAGACUACUCGCUCAGCAUCAUGGCUGUGAACAGCAUGGGCCGCAGCCAGCCAUCGGCCCCCGUCACCGCCAGGACAGUUCUGCCUCCUCCGCACCUCUCAUCUUCUUCUCCCAGCAAUGACAGCAUCGUUCUGUCCUGGGAUCCCGUGGCUCAUGCAGUCCAGUACACUGUGUCCAUCUUCAAGUUUGACUUCAACACUCAAAGUAUGUACAACACAUCCAACACUACCCUGACCCUCCCUGGCCUGGACGCUGGCUCCCUCUAUAUCAUCACAAGUUCAGCUUGGGACCCCGAGGGCCGAGAGGGAGAAGAGAGUCUGCAUGUGAACCAGACAACACGACCUCCAACACCGUCUUCUGUUAACGUGUCUGUGCUGAGAAAUAAUGAUGUGGCUGGACUCUCCGUGUCCUGGGAGGUCGACCCGGAGCUUCACGGACCCAUUCAUUAUGUUGUGAUGAGUGACCAGAAUCUAACCUGCAACACCAGCUCUGGCUCCUGCAGGCUGUCUGCGGUGGGCUGUGGAGAAGUUCACACCAUCCAGGUCACGGCCUGGAACCAGGCCGGGCCCAGCUGCCCGUCCACUCCAGUGGUCUUCAUCACCUUCCCCUGCCCACCCGAGUCUCUGGCCCUUGUGGAGACCUCAGAAGGGAACUGCACGCUGACGUGGAACAUCGUGCCCCAUGCCGACAGUUAUGAAGCCUCCAUCAAGAGAGGCGACGGCGUGGAGGAGACCUGCAACACCACCGGCAACAACUGCACCUACCACUGCCAGUGUGGCUACACAUACCUGAUGUCUGUGGCGGCGAUCAACCAAGCUGGCAGCCGUCCCGAAGGAGGAGUUCUCAACUACACCGCCGCACCCUGUUGUCCAGAGAGCGUGUCCGUCUCUGUGGUGAGUGCUGAGACUUUGGAGAUCAUGUGGACCGCCUCGCGGGGGGCCGAGUUGUAUCAGACCCGAACAGCUGACGGUUCGGAGGUCAUCCUCUGUAAUGACACAGCUCCAGUGUGUGCGCUCUCCGACCUCAGGUGUGACAGCACCUACAGCGUGGUGGUGACGCCCUGCAAUGAAAUCAGCGGGUGCAACCGUGCUUGCAAAGCUCACAGCAAAGACACAGCUCCCUGCACACCAACAAAUCUGAUGCUGAGUCCACAAAACUCUUCCACGGUCAGUGUCAGCUGGACAUCCAACAACCGAGCUGCUACUUACACAGUGAGCACAGAAGGAGACGACGGCAAACACACCUGCAUCACCAGUGGAAACAGCUGUGACGUCACCGACCUGCCCUGCGGUUCCAUCUAUGAAUUCAGUGUCAUAGCAACCAGUGAUGCUGGCCAGAGUUUAUCCAGCUUCUCUCACUCACUAGAAACAGACCCCUGCUGCCCGACAAAUCUAACUGUCGACCAGGUGACUCAGGCGAUGACAAAUGUGUCUUGGUCUGAUGCCAGAGGGGCACGCUCCUUCAUCACAUCUCUGAUGUCACCGCAUGGUCAUGCCCGCUGCCACACCCAGGACUCACACUGCCUCAUGGGAUGCAUCACCUGUGGCACCAACUACACCGUCACCAUGGAGACCUAUAGCCACAGCGGGCGCAUGUCUAACUGUACCUAUCAGGGCUUCUCAUCCAGUCUCUGCUGCCCGUCGGGCGUCAAACUGUACAGGGCGGCCAGUGACUCCGUGCGGGUGUUCUGGCGCAGCACCGGCGGCAACCACAGCUCCAUCGCAGAGAUGCUGAGCAACAGCAACAACUACACUUGCACCGCUUCUCCCGGAGAAAACAGCUGUGACUUCGACAACGUGCAGUGUGGGGACGUCUACCGUGUAGUUGCAGCUCCGCUGACAGCAGGGGGCGGAAGAGUGCCGUUCUGCCCACAGAGGCUCUACUCAGUUACUUGCUCAGGGAGCAAUGUUGGCACAGUGAUUUACAGGGGGAAGAGAAGUUUGGAGUAGCACUGUCAGCUCGACAUUUAUACAAAUUUGAGGUCUUUUCUUCACAGAUGCCACAUGCAGCACAUCUUCAUUAUCCUCUUCAUCGUCAUCUCUUCUGUCCCGGGCAAAAGCUUUGCUUGUAGUUAAACAGCCCA